CAGAGAUACAAUGUAUCGAUAGUAUUGACAGGAUUCUAACAUUCCACCUCUGACCAUGCAUGCAGACUGUGAGUGUGGCGUUCAGGCCAGCUCCCUCUCUCACCUGGAGUAAAUCACCAGCCUCUCAUGCCUUUAUCUCUCCUGGACUGGGGAAAGUAACACAUUGUAGUGAUGGUGUCCCAUCUCACGUGUCUUCUUCUGCUGGGAUUGACCGGCAUUUCCAAGAAGUCUGAAGGUUUGCCUUUCAAUAGCAGUUUGAAGGAACCUUUUCAGAUCCCCAACAUCACUGGGUUUUUCUCCUGGAAUAACUACAGCCUGGCAGACUGGCAGAGCUUUGUGGGCAAGAAACGCUAUGGAGCAGAAUCCCAAAACCCCAUGGUGAAAGCUUUACUCAUCGUGGCUUAUUCCUUCAUCAUCUUCUUCUCUCUGUUUGGGAAUGUGCUUGUCUGCCAUGUGGUCAUCAAGAAUAAGAGAAUGCAUUCAGCAACCUCCUUAUUCAUCAUAAAUUUGGCCGUGGCUGACAUAUUAAUAACUCUCCUCAACACGCCUUUCACUUUGGCUCGGUUUGUGAAUAGUACAUGGGUGUUUGGGAAAUUCAUGUGUCAUGUGAGUCGUUUUGCCCAGUAUUGUUCUUUACACGUCUCUGCACUGACACUAACCGCUAUCGCAGUGGACAGGCACCAGGUAAUCAUGCAUCCUUUAAAACCUCGCAUAUCUAUGGUUAGAGGAUCCGCGUAUAUAAUCAUCAUAUGGAUAAUGGCAAGUUGUUUCUCUCUUCCACAUGCGAUCUACCAAAAACUAUUCACCUUUGAAUACAGUGAAGAGAAUGUCCGAAGCUUGUGUCUCCCAGAUUUCCCUGAACCUUCUGACCUCUUCUGGAAGUAUUUGGAUUUGGCGACCUUCAUCCUGCUCUACGUUCUGCCUCUGUUAAUUAUCUCCGUGGCCUACACAACAGUAGCAAAGAAAUUGUGGUUGAGGAAUGCCAUAGGAGACGUGACGACCGAGCAGUUUUUUGCACUCCGUCGAAAGAAGAAAAAGACCAUUAAGAUGCUCAUGUUGGUGGUUGUCCUCUUCGCUGUUUGCUGGUUUCCUUUAAACUGCUACGUUGUUCUCCUUUCCAGCCAAACCAUUCGCACUAACAAUGCUAUUUACUUUGCAUUUCAUUGGUUUGCAAUGAGUAGCACCUGUUACAACCCAUUCAUAUACUGUUGGCUGAAUGACAAAUUUAGGUCAGAAUUGAAAGCCUUGUUGAACAUGUGCAAGAAACAGACUGGUCCACAUGCCGUGCUUCCUUCUACUGUCCCAUCCUAUAGGUUGGCAUGGCCUGAAAGCAAGAGUUACAAAAGGGCAGUUGUCUCGCACACCUUACCAUCAUCUUUUAACUCUGGAAAGACAGAUAUCUCAGCAGUGGAACCAAUUGUAUCUGUUGGCUGAUGUCCCACACAAAAUAACUAGCUGCAGGUACAACCUACAUGAGCUUGAGACGCAGUCAUUUGUGUGAAAGCGUAAAAACAACGUAAUAUAGAGCAAAAUCUGAGACAUGACAUUUGAAUGAUAAAAUUACUGCCAAUUUCAAGUAAUUAUAUAAGCAUAUUGGUCACUGUGUGAAACUGUGUUAUGGUCAACAUGAAAGAGAGGUUCCGUGAGGGUCCGAGCUAGAAAACAAUGUGUAUUGCAUUUAGUUACAAGGAUAGAAAGUGUUAUUACAUUGCUUUGCUUUGGAGCUAUAUUUUAUACCAUGCCAUGCACCACAUGAAGAAAUAAACAAAAACAUUCAUUACAAAAAUAAAAUAAUUACAUUUUCUUGACAUGUAAAGAAUAUGGUUCUAGUAUUAGUGGUCCAGAUAGUAGACUUCAAUGUGGUGUUUAUGAAAUUCAGUUCUUCUUUCACCUCUGGGAACAAACAAAAUAAUUCACUAAUAUGUUUUUAAUUCCAUCCUCUUUAGUGCACACAUGGUUAUGGCUGUCAUGGGACCUUAAGGCUGCAGAUAUAUAUUCAUUUGAGUUUUUAAUGAAAUCUAUUUAACCCAGUCACACUUUAUUCCAGAGCUAUGUUGUUAAAUAGCCAGUUAAUGAGGUAGAUUGAGGAACAUUUUAAUGUCCAUAUUAACGAACCCACUAACCCCAACUGUGACGGUUGUCAAAAUGCUUUUACACUCCUAGUUAGGUGGGGU